AUGUCUUGCACCUCAGCCGCAACCGUGCGCCCCGGCCUGCAGCGCGCCAAAGCGUCGGCGACGUCGCUCCGCGCGCCGCUCCCCUUCGUGCCCGAGAUGCGUGCGACGAUCCGGGCCGCGGCCGCGGCGGCGCCACACCACGCCCACGCCCGGCGCUUCUCCGGCGCGCCCCCUGUCCGCCGGAGCCACGUGCACCCCGACAUGUGGGCCGGCGAGCCGGAGGACUACGACGCCCCGCCGGCGUUCGCCGUCCCCGACUACAGACGGCGCGCCGCCCCCGCCCGCCCCCCCGUCGCCGAAAUCUCGCCGCUCGCCGUGCCGGACCCCGCGCCGCGCCGGGCGGCGUCCGUCCCGGCCGACAUGGCCUGCCGCUCCCGCUCCCGCGCCCGCGCCCGCGCCCGCAGGGCGUCCGCCGCCUCGAGCGCCGCGACCACGGCGAGCUCGACGCUGCAGCCUGCCAGUGAGCGCCGCCGCCGCCGGUCGUCGGUGACCAGCGUCGACUCCGUCGCGGACAAGGCGGCGAUCACGCAUGCGCCCGAAAGCGCGCCUGCAACCAUGCUGGGUCUGCUGACGAGCAUCACGUGCAUCGCGGCCGUCUAUCUCGGCCUUGCGCUCGUCGCCCCCGUCGCCGGCACCCCAAUCCCGUCCGCGGAAGCCCCGGGCGCAGUCGACGGCCACGCGGCGCUCGACGAGCAAGCCGCAUACGCGCGCCACCUGCCGCGCGCCGCCCUGCUCAAGCGCUGUCUGCGCAGGCUCCGGCGCUCCGCCGUGCACAUCGCGCCCCCCGCGUCCGCGUCCGCGUCCUCCCGCGCCGUCGAAGUCUCCGUUGAACCAGCCUCCCCGCUCGAAAUACUGCCCCCUGUCGCCCAGACUGCAGGCUGGGGCCGGCACAUCCGGCGUCUUUUUGUGCGCCGGAAGGAGAGGCGGGACGGCGAGACCGUGGCGGCAGCGUAG